GUGAUUUAACCAUUUUUAGAUCGAGUUAUUUAAUCUCUCCUGAAGGUUGGGUUCAAGUGGAGAGGAUAAAACUUACAGCCAAGUGUGGGAAUCUUUUGGGCAAAUUCAUUUCAGAUAAUUUAAAAUGUGAUCAUGGGAGAUAGUGGAACUGAAGCAAAAGCUUUCUUCUGCUGAUGACAGCUCUUGAUAAUAAUAAUAAUCUUAUCCCUUAUAUAUGUUGUUCUCUUCAAGAAGCAUCGACUUGGAACAAAGAAUGUCCCGGGGUCAAUCUCAACCAAGAACAUCUACUGCAAGCAGAACUCUUGGAAGGUGCACUGAGAAAGAAAAAAAUGAUUCUAUUGUUUACAUUGAUGUUGACCCUGAUGAUCUAUCUGAUGUUGUUGUUAUUGAUGCUCCGGGGUCCUCUCAGCAAAGAAGACAACAUGGUUCCAAUGUAUCCAGAAAUGACAAAAACAUUCCGUCUGGGAGUAUUAUUAGCAUUGAUGAUGAUGAUGAUGGCAGUCCUGCAAAUGAUGGUGAAAGAGGUGGUGAUCUGGACAGUGAUACCGCCUCAAGCAGGGUAUCUCGAUGUGAACCCCACCAAUCACAGAGCUCUGAAGAGUCCGAUGGUGAAGACUGUCAGUUCAUUCAGGAAAGAAGUUUCCCUGUGAAAUUAUCGAAGUGUAAAAGGACUUACUCUGGGAAAACAAUCCCAAGAAGUAUUUUUACUUUUAAUCCUCUCUCUGAGGGUGGGUCAUCAGAAAGUGACGGUUCUGACUGUGAGCUUAUGGAGGGUUCUUAUGGAAAAAUUCGUGAUCAGUGGGAAAAAGCCUCUACAAGGAAAAAAACAUCGGAGUAUAUCUAUAACCCCCAAUCUGUUGUAGAGGAGCAGGGUAGUGGCUCUGGAUCCCAUUCUGAUAAUCAAAAGAAUGUUGAAGUAGAAAAUGAGUCUGAACAAGAGAAAGAAACCCCUGUUCAUUCUGAUUCAAGUAACUCCAACAACAGAAAAGAGAAUAUAUCUUCCUGUACAGCCUCUGAAUCAAUACUUGUGGAAGACUCUUCUCUCAACCCUGAGGAGAACAACCCCGUCGAGAAUUUGGAUCCAACAGCUCUUGGGCAAGAAAGCCGUUCAUGGAAUGAAACACAGGAAACACAUUUUUCUGAAAGAAAGUAUGAUCAUUCGUGGAGAAAACCUUUUUUCUCCUCUCAAGAACAAACUGAUGAACAGUUAAAUUGUGAAAGCACCUUCUUUAAUGACAAAGAGGAGAAUGCUGCUGCAGAAACUUUUUGGUUCAAAAAUCAACCAGGCUAUGAUUCACAGUCCAAUCAUGGAAAGGCUAAUUUCCAGGACAAAGAGGAUUCUUCCUGCAACACCCAUCAAUCAGUUCAAACGCAAGUGGGUCAGGAUAGAGAAGUAUAUUUGGGCAAAAAUGAAGGGAUUCAUCGAGAACAUUCUAGUUGCAACACACAGCCUCCAAAUGACACCAAAUUUGAAAGAGCUAGUUUUCAGGACAAGGAGAAACUAGUUUCUGGAGAUCCAUCUUUUUGUGAUACUCAACCAUGCUUCAGAAAACACCUCAAUCGUGGCCCUGAAGACAAAAAGGGACAAAUCACUGGGGAGUCUUUUUCCAAUGCUCAAUCAUGGGAUGACCCUGACAUCAAUCUUGGUACAUUCAGUUGUCAGGACAGAGCAAAAUCUGUUUCUGAUGAAUCGUUAUGCAACACUCAACAAGAUGGAACACAAGUUGAGAGUGGGAGAUGUUUUAGAGAUGGUGCUGAACAUGAUCCUGAAUAUAUUUCCAAAGGUCGACUGCAGGGCGAGAAGAAUCAACUGUUACAUACUCAAGAUGGGAAUUGUACGCCUGAUGAUCAGAAUGAUAUAAUUAGUGAAAGAGAAAAGAUCAAGGAGACUGAUGAGUACAAGCGUGCGGUAGAAGAAGAAUGGGCAUCCAGGCAACAGGAAUUACAAAUUCAGGCUGAAGAAGCAAAGAGGUUAAAGAAGAGAAAGAAGGCUGAAAGUAUGCGUCUGUUAGACAUGGAGAGAAGACAAAAACAACGUGUGGAAGAAAUGCGGGAAUCACAAAAGAAGGAUGAGGAAACUAUAAACUUGAAAGAGCAGCUUCGUGUUGAGAUAAGAAGGGAACUUGAUAGAUUGGAGCGUAUGCACAAUGAUAUGGCUUCUCUACUUCGUGCCUUGGGUAUCCAUGUAGGUGGUUCGAUGCCCUAUGAGGUAAAUGCGGCUUAUAGACGAGCCUUGCUAAAAUUCCAUCCUGAUAGAGCAUCAAGAACUGAUAUCCGGCAGCAGGUUGAAGCAGAGGAGAAAUUCAAGCUUAUAUCCCGCUUGAAGGAGAAAUUUCUGCCAACAUUCUGAGAUGGAAAUCUGUAACUAUUAUAGAUAGGAGGGAAACAAAUUUUUUUGGGGUACCUUGUAGAAGGAAUAGGUGGGGUAAUUUUCUUGGCCAAUUUUUUCUUUACGAGGGGAGUACCCUUUAAACAUUUCAGUAUUGACAAGUUGCCCCCUUUAUCAGAAUGAAAGAUAAAAUUAGCUUUUU